GUCAAUGUUAUUUAGACAGCUUUACAACUCUUGAAACAUGGCGAACAUGUUUACAAACCAAAAUCCUCGAGCUAAAAAUGUUGCGAUUAAUAUGGAAACUUAUGUACCUUCUUCGCAAUCAGAAAGUUCCUCUACUGUUCCACCUGAUGAGUUUCAGUUUAUCCCGCAAGCUUCUAAUGAAGUAAAGGUGGAUGGAUCUAUCAAUUCAAACACCACUUCUACAAGGACUGAUGGUUAUGGUGUUGUUAGGCGUGGUGCAGCUCUAAAUUUCCUUGAGAAUCGAGGUUUUGGUUGGCUUUUGGAAGAAGAUGAGAUAGAGGAAGAAGAUCAGCGAUCUCUCCUGGAGGAGCUGGAUAUUGAUCUGAAGGAUAUUUAUUAUAAAGUACGCUGUGUUCUGUUUCCUUUACCACAGCUAGGCUUUAAUCGCCACAUUCUUCGAGAAUCACCAGAUUUCUGGGGCCCCCUUAUCAUCAUUCUUCUUUAUGCCCUAGUUUCCCUUUAUGGGCAGUUCAGAGUUGUGUCUUGGAUUCUUACUAUUUGGCUGUUUGGUGCAUUCUUGGUGUUUCUGCUGGCCAGAGUCCUUGGAGGAGAGGUUACAUACUCACAGUGCCUUGGCGUCAUUGGUUAUUCUGUUUUACCACUCGUCAUCAUAGCAGCAUUUCUUCCUCUUGUCAACUCAUACUUUGUUAUCAGAAGGACAUUACAAUUACUGGGAGUGAUGUGGGCAGCAUACAGUGCAGGAUCCUUGCUGUGUGUGGAAGAGCUACAGCAAAAAAGAACACUUCUGCUUUAUCCUGUUUUCCUGUUGUAUAUUUAUUUUCUUUCACUGUAUACAGGUGUUUGAAUUGCGUCCUCUUUUACAUCUAUACUUCUAGAUGUGGGCCCAAAUGGUGAUCUGCUGUAGCUUUUAGUUUUUGCUUUUUUUUUCAAAAUACACUCCAGGCAAAUCAAAUUCUAAUUUGAAAGAGUGAAACUUUUUGCUUAUGGAUGUGUCUUGGGCAGUCAUGUAUGACACUUAACAUACUAACUCCAGUUAUCAUCAAAACUGGGUAUGCUGUAAGUUCACUGCCUGUAAUCCUAUAUGUAUGCGUUAAGACAAACAGAUGUUUUAUAUCAAAACAUCUUAUACAUCCAAGCUGCUUGUUAUCCAAACUUUGUAAAUACUGAAAGCUUACAUGAGUUGGAAAAAAGAUUUAUGGAGGGGAGGUUGGUGUAACAGUAAUUGAUGUGUGCAGGGGACAUGGCAUUUUUAGUCCAGCAAAGAUAAUAUGGUGAAGUGUCUAAGUGCCCAUCCCAUCUGCUUACUGCAGAAUAGACCAUCCUUGAAGGGAAGGAGAGAUUAAAAUUUCUGCCACACAACUCAUUUCCCUUGACUCUGUGAUCUGUGAUGUGAUCAAUUAUGAUGUGAAAAUUAGCCCUGUGCAUGUUGAAAUUUUGUCUGCUAAGCAUUCUUUUGUUUGGAGCUACUGGAAACGUGUUAGAAUGGAGAACAUGCCAAAGUAAGCUAACCAAACAUUUGUCAAGGAUUGGAAAAAGGGUGUGGAUUUGCAUAGGAAGGCCAUCCUUUCUAUUUACACACACACCCCCCUGCCACACUCUGCUUUAUUUAUAAGAUUGUUUUUGCUUCAAGCAUUUAUAUAUACAGUAUUGUAUAAUGUCAGAAACUAUCUUAUCGAGCAUGUUUAUUUAAAUUCACUAGCCAAUGAAUUUUUGGGAGGACAUUGAUGCAGAGAUACAAGUAGGACUGGCACAUUUUUAUGUUAGAAAAGCAUAACGAUGACAGUAAACAUAUCCCUGAAAAUGCACUUAUAAACAGUUAUUCUAAGCUUACAACAUCAGUUUUUAAGACAUCCUAGAUUUUUUUUUAUUUUUCAGUGUAUUAUUGCAAACAACAAUGUUGCACUGUCAAGAACGGAAAUAUCCCAACAUAUAGCUUUACUUGAGAUAUUAGUAUAAAACACAUGUUAAAUAAUAAUUCAAUUUUCAGCUUAUUAUUAUUUUUACAUUAAAUAUGAUCACUAACACCCACUUGAAAUAAAAUAAUUUUUGCCAUAAAAUUAACAAAGCAUUUGGAAAACUAGAAAUUACAUGCAUUUUUAAGGGAAGGAAGGGGAGGUUUAUUUGUUACCCCUUCAUCAGGGAAAAAAAAAAAAAGAGUUCAAGGAAUAUAACUCAGCGCUCAAGUGCAGCACUUUCUUCCCUUAUCUGUUUUGGUUCCGGUUAAAAACUUAAAAUUAUCAGAAACUCCCUUACACUGACAUAGUAAAUGUGCACCAUGUUGGAAUUGACACAUCAGCUCAGUUCAGUUAAAAAGGAGAAGUUAUGAUGGAAUAAAUUUGCUUCCAGUCAUCCAAGAUCUUUGUAGCUGAUAAAACUCUUUGGAUGAGAGAAUCAUUGAGCAUUCAUUUCAUUUUGUUUUUUUCAUCCAGGCAUAUUAUGUUAGAAUAGAUUCUACUCAAAUCGAACAAGCACCACUGUUUUGGAUUAUUAAUAUUAUCAUCUUCAGGGACUAAAAAUAUAACAAGAAGAAAAUUGAAUUUUCAAAUAGAUGCAGGUUUAAGACAAUGAACAAUUUAGGCUCAAGAGGUUUAGUGGUGGUUUACUAAGCAAUCGCUAGCAGUCUUAGUCUUUGUGUUACUGGUGUUGCCAAUAUAUGAUGAUUGUAGUGAAUAAUCUUGUAGGAUCCUUGUCUUUUGUAAUUUUUUCAAACUAUGUCAGUUUUCUAAAAAACUAUAUGCUUUUCAAUGGGAAAUUUGAAUCUUUUAAGACUGACAACAUGCUUAGAAAUGCAGGAUAUAAAGUUUUGUUUGCAUAACUAAGCUGUUAUUCAAGAUUAUGUUCAAAUUAGAGCACAACUGCUUUUGUUCAUUUGAUACAACCCACAAAUGUCUUUUUCCCCCAGCCACAAUUUUAUAGUGACAUUAUAGUUUGUGUUAAGAUGAGAAUGCUAGGAUUUGGGUGGCUUGUAUUUUAUUAACAAUGAAUUGGAGUAAAUGCUGAAGUUCUGGAAAUAUUUUAUAUUUUUGAUGUUGGAAUUGUAGUAAAUUUAUAACUUUUUAAAUGUUUAAUAAUGCAUUGUGGUAGUUACGAGAAAAGGUACUAGUUUAGAUUUGGCAGAUUUGAAUGCCUUUGUGGUUUUGAGGAUAAUAAGACAUUAUUGUAUAUCAUAAAACAAUGUGGGAGAUUAUAUAUUUAUGUUAAUAUGACUUAGAAGUUCAGAUUUAAUAUGUUAAAUGAAAGUAAAUAAGCUGGAUGUGAAAAAAUGAGAGUGAUGUCUUUCACCUAAUUGGUUGAGGGGACUAUUUUUUUCGUUGUUUUGGUCUGGAUCUAGGUUGACUUUGGUGUUUCCUGUUGCCUUCUGAUCUCAAAACCAGGAACACUUCAUUUUCACAUCUAUGGGACUAGUGCUUCAUUUCAUGCUUCAGUACAUUUUUAGAUUUGAAUCAGUGCAUGUACAAGAAAGACAUUGUGGUCCGUAUGAGAAGUAUGUUUAUUAUGCCCCUGGCUCUGUGGAUUUUCUUGGCUCUUGUCAUAACUUAUAAUUCCUUGGUUUCAGAAUUAACAGCCUUGUACCACUAUUGGUGUAUCCUAUUUUUGUAAAAUCUUUUGAGCCUGCCUUGAAGAUGAGGAAAUCACAUCGUCAUUAUUAUUAUAUGCACUCUUUGCCUUUAUUUCUCAGUUUACUCCAGUAUAAAAUUCCAUUUAGUGAUUGUUGUUAUGAUAUAAGUUUAUGCUGAGUUCAGUAUUCUUUGCUAUUCGGUUUUCAUUGAGAAACUUGAGUGCAUGCAUCUAAAGAUUCAUGAUGAAUUAUUGUUCACCAAGGAACAAAGUUAUACAAUGAUAGUUGUAGCACAAAGAGCUUGCUCUCAUGGGGUUUUAUUGGUAUGAAACUGGCAGAAUAAAGAAGCUAUCAACAAGUACUAA